ACCUUUACCAAAUUUGUUUUUUUUUAUAAAUUUCGAUGUAAUGUUUAAAUUAUAUAUUUUUGACGAUAAAAUAUAUCUGGCUAUUAGUGGCUAUUGGCUAUCUAUAUAAAAUUUAUGGUCUAAGGUCUAGCAGGACAUGACUUUUGUUUUUGUUUUGGUAGUUUUAAAAAUGGCCUCCGGUCAAGAUUGGUUUAACGCGAAAGUAUCGAGUUUAUUACAAGAAGAUCUACGAGUUUCCACUUUAACUGAACUAAAAGACCAUCUCACAUCUUUACCCCAUAACGAAGCCUCCCAUAUAUCCAAUGUCCUUCAGCUAGCCCUAGUUUUCGAUUGUUUAAACGACACAAACACGGAACAAGUGGAUUUGGCCUGUGACGUGCUCUCGUUAUGUCUGAGCAAUUUAACUCUAGGUGAAAGCACCAUCCGUUAUGGUAAUGCUUUGGAAAGAGCCCUAAUUCACCCAUAUUCUGGAGUAAAAUUGAUGGCAUUAAAGGAAAUCAAAAGGUCUUUAUUAAACGAGGAAGUUAUAUACAACCUUUGUGAUAAAACAGCUUUAGUAAUAAACAUAAUAACUUGUUUAAAAGAUGAGGACUUAGCAGUAGCAAAAGAAGCUUCUGAUAUUAUAUUUACAUUGGGAAUUACUAUUCCAGGAGCUAAUCGAAUAACGGCUAAUGAAAUUUUAGUACCUUUAGAAGGUAUUUUGAAUACAAAUGAAGUGGUACGGUUGAGAGUCUAUGAGGCUGUUGUUAGGAUUUGUGUAGAAAGCGACUAUAGUUUUCAAAAAUUUAUCAAAGUAGGAUUUAUUCAUCGAAUAUUAGCAGAACUAAAAAGUAACGAUGUACUACUUAAAAUAAAUAUUAUUGAAAUUUUAUCAUACUUGGGACAAUGUGAUCAUGGCUAUGUAUUCCUUGACCAAAAUGGAACAUUAAAUAAUAUCGUUGGUUUCAUGAAUGAGGAUGAUUUAACCAUGCAACUUUGUCAACCAGGUAUUUUACGAUUUUUCGGACAUGUUGCUCAUAAAAAGCCUUUAGAUUUUUUUAAAAAAUAUCCAGUGGUUAUUGAGAGACUGUACUCAAAUUUGAAUAUUGAAGAUAUGACGGUUCUUGGUGUGUCUUUGGAUACAAUUGGAUAUAUUGGACAGACAAAUGAAGGAAAACUAGCAUUACAAUCCACAGGAAAUAGGAUAGAAGUGGCUAUAAAAAAUAUUUCAUCAAAACUGAGUUCACUUCCAACUGAGACAAGAAUAAGGGCUCUCAACUGCCUUGAAAACCUGUUAAGAGUCGUUGAUAAUAAUAAUGAGAUAGUUUCUCUAUCGAGAGAAUGGUAUGGUAUUAUAGAUACAGAUCCUAUGGAUAUCAUUUUGCGAUACGCAAAGAACCCAUUUUCAGAAUUAAAAGUGGCCGGGCUGGGAAUACUUAAUUCUAUUGCUGGUCAAGAAUGGGGACAGGAAUGCAUCAAAAAUACUCCAGGUCUGAUAGAAUUCUUAUUAGACAGAAGUAUUGAAUCAGUAAAAGAAUGUAAAGAAGCCAAAUAUGACAUAGUAAAAUUAUUGUCACAGAGUACAGUGUUUGAUCAUAUCACCUCAGAAAGGCUACAAACGUUUGUCAAAGAAGGUGCAUUCUAUGUUUAUGCCACUACAGAAGUUGCUAUAGAAGGAAAUUAAUUAUUUUAUAAACUGUUUAGUAUUAAGGUAUUAUUAUUAUUUUGGAUGUUAACAUGUGAUAUUAAAAACCGAUUUUUUGUGUGUGU